AUGACCAGCUCGGAAACCAGAUUGAAUAGCGGAGAAGCCUUCGUGCUGAGCUGUGCCUUCCCUAAGGAGCCAGCCAACGGGGAGGUAUCAGUGACUCACCUCCAUGCUGGGGGAGAGGCCUACUUUCAGUGUCUGACCGGCUACCAGCUGCAAGGCCCCACCAUGCUCGCCUGUCGCAACGCCACUACACCUUACUGGAGUGGCAAGGAGCCAAAAUGCCUGGCUUCCUGUGGUGGGAUGAUCAAAAAUGCCACGUUGGGCCGUAUUGUCUCUCCUGGUUUCCCUGGCAACUACAGCAACAACUUGACGUGCCAUUGGGUCCUGGAGGCUCCCGAAGGCCACCGGCUUCAUGUUCACUUUGAGAAAGUGGCUUUGGCUGAGGAUGAUGACAGACUCCUAAUAAAGAAUGGGAACAACAUUGACUCGCCUCUGGUGUAUGACUCCUAUGAGGUGGAGUACCUACCCAAUGAGGGCGUGGUGAGCACAGGACGUCACCUCUUUGUAGAGUUCACCACAGACGGGACUGUCACCUCCACAGGAGCAGCCAUCAGAUAUGAAGCUUUUGCGAAGGGCACAUGCUAUGGGCCCUUUGUUAAAUAUGGCAACUUCACUAGCAGUAACACAGCUUGCGGUGUGGGUGCGGUGGUGGAGUUUGCCUGUGACCCGGGCUACACUCUGGAGCAGGGCUCAGUCAUCAUCGAGUGUGUGGAUGCAGAAAACCCCCAGUGGAAUGAGACAGAGCCAGCCUGCAGGGCUGUGUGUAGUGGUGAGAUCACAGACUCAGCCGGUGUGGUUCUCUCUCCAAACUGGCCCGAGACCUACGACAAGGGCCAGGACUGCAUCUGGGGCAUCCACGUGGAAGAGGACAAGAGGAUCAUGCUAGACAUCCAAGUGCUCAAUGUGGGUAAGAAUGACCUGUUGACCUUUUACGACGGUGAUGACCUAACAGCUAACAUCCUGGGUCAGUACAGUGGCACCAGGUCUCGCUUCAAGCUCUACACCUCCAUGGCUGAUGUCACCAUCCAGUUCCAGUCGGACCCUGCUACCAACAUCUACGGCUAUGGCAACGGCUUCGUGGUCCACUUCUUUGAGGUCCCAAGGAACGACACAUGCUCUGAGCUGCCAGAGAUCACUAAUGGCUGGAAGAGCACCUCCCACCCAGACUUGAUCCAUGGGACAGUGGUCACCUACCAGUGUUACCCAGGUUACGAGGUGCAGGGCUCUGAGAUCCUCAUGUGCCAGUGGGACCUGACGUGGAGUGGAGACGUCCCUAGCUGUGAGAAAGUGAUGACGUGUCCUGACCCAGGGAAUGUGGAGCACAGCCGGAGGAUGGUGACGGGAUCCCGCUUCAUGGUGGGAUCGACAGUGCAGUAUGUGUGCAAUAAGGGCUACUCCCUGUCUGGAAGCACACUGCUCACCUGCUACAACAGAGACUCAGCCAACCCCAAGUGGAGCGAGAGGCUGCCCAAGUGUAACCCUGAGAAGUAUGAGCCCUGCAGGAACCCUGGUGCCCCCUCCACCAGCGUGCAGAGCUUAGAGAAAGCCUUCUAUCAGGCAGGGGAGACACUGAGCUUCUCCUGCCGUACCGGAUAUGAGCUGCAGGGGGAGCCCACCAUCCGCUGUGUCCCUGGACACCCGUCACAGUGGAGCAGCACACCACCCGCCUGUAGAGCGUCCUCUUUGCAGUAUUUGAAUGAGCGAACGUUGGAUGUUGCUAGUCCUGAGUACGGUAUGGAGGGAACCAACAUUGCCAUCGCCGUUCUGAUUCCUGCUGCGGUUGUAUUGGUAGUCAUCCUGGGGAUUUACCUCUACUUUGCAAAACUUCAGGGGAAGACCAUCAGAAUGCCUACAUCAUCCCUGCCGUAUGACAACAUGACAGAGGAGUCAGCCUUCAACAACCCAGUCUAUGAUAAAGGAGAAAAAAGAGAUUAUGAGGUAACCAUUUAGAGACCUUACAGCGAGAGGAAUUCAACCGUUGCUUUUUGUGACCUCAGCUUUUCUGCGAUGACUUCAGCUCCUAUUCUUCACUCUUCUUCCUCUUCAUUCCCUCCUUUUUGUGGGCUUUUGUAAAUAUCUGUCUUUCCAGAGGACUUCUACCAGAGCUGCAACGGUGGUGGUUCAACAUGGUGUUAUUUUUGUAGAGCUUCAACACAGAUGGCCUUUCUUUAGAGUUUCUACAUUGUUUAUUUCAUAAGCCCAGGACUGGUUACAUUAUGGGGGAUAGGGAUACAUUAAGUUUAAUUGGUUUUUAGGUUUUACAUGAGAAAUCUGAAGAAUGAAUGUACCAAUAAUGAGUUGGCAAAGAUUUUGAAAUAUACACUAUACAUGAAAAAUACAUUAUGAUCCACAGUUGACUGAACAUUGUCCAAAUUUCACAUUUACCUUAAGUGAAUAUUUUAAUUUUCAAUUUUGCUACUAUAAUUCCACCAACCAUGUCUAUAGCUAUAUGUUUUUUUAAUCACUUUGUAAAUAAACUGCCUGUCUAAUAUGAGGGUGUCUGAGACUUGACGAACCAAAUUAGUGUUUUGUUCAAGUUUGACUCACAGUUUUGUUGAGAGACAUGUCCUGUGCUAAAACAACUAUAAAAUACAUCAGAGAAAUGUAUAGACCACAGUGUUAAGCUCCCCUUCAUGGCAGAUAUAGAGUAGGUAAAUACUACUUGGUUAAACUAAUGUUAAAUCCCAACAGCUUUCUCUUGAGAGUAUGCACCAAUUUAAUGAAAAGGAGGCCAUCUAAAAUCCCAUCUUCUACAAAGUGCUGUUCUGUAAAGUACACAAACGUCAUGUACAUAAGAAUGCUCAUGGGCCACUGUCUACCACCCCUUGUCUGUGCUCUCCUUCGUUUCUGUCUCUCCACACAAGAAAUUGACUGCUUAAAGUAUUGAACUGCAUCCCCAACAUUUGUUGACGUCAAAGAACAUGUCAGAUAUUCAAACUAUGUGUACUUUUCUUCUCUUUGUAAAAUAAGCAAUCCAUCCAGUCCAAUCUGAGUUUGCAAGUCACAACAGGUUUUAUUUUUUACUGUUUAUCUUAAUUGUUGUCUCUAUAAAUGUUAAAUUGACUCCCUUUGGUAUCAUUAUGUGUCUUUGGUCAUAAACUUUGAAUAUGUAGUGCAAACUGAUGAUUGCCCAGCAAUAGUACAUUCAGAGUAAGUUGUAAGGUGGGUGUAUAUUUUAUUACUCAAAAUCUGAAUAAAAAGAACUGCGUUAACUGUGAAAAAUUCCCCCGAGAGUUAGACUCUGUGUAAAAAGGAUUGCAAGAAAUUGACCACCUUUAUCUGACAGAACUGUCAUAUCCUGCUGAAAUGUGCAUUGAUUAUCCAAAACAAAUGUGAAAUGCACCUUAAAAUGAGUCAAUCACAUGAAAAAACAUUACAGUUUACUAUAGAAUACUACAUUACUUACUAAAGAUUUCUGUAGUAAACUGUAGUAUACUGUAGAAUUCUAUACUACACACUGUGGUAUCCCUCUAACACGUGUAGUACUUACUAUAGAAUGUUGUAGUAUACUGUAGAAUAUCGUAAAUACUACAGCAUUAUUCACAAAAAAGCCCUCUAGGAAAUACUACAGUAAUGUCCACAAACACUACAGUCUGCAAAAUUACCACUAUAUAUAGUAAAUAUAGUAAAUACUUCAGUAUUCAAUUUCCAUAUUACCUGCCCAUUUCCCCUCUCCAUAUCCCAAUUUGUGCCACUGAUAAGUGAGAAAUGUACUUAACAAGUAUAGACCAUAUAUUGUGUUCCCUACAGAUUAUAGAAAAGCACAGAGGAUUUGAACUAUCUGUUAAGACCCCAGUCCUACCUACCUACAGGUUGUGGAAAAUGUGCUAUUUUAAUAUUUAUCCAGCAGAUAAAUACACUAUAAUAAAUACUACACUAUAAUAAAUACUACAGUAUACUGUAAAUACUACAGUAUAUUACAGUAAAUACUACAGUGUUCACUAUAGUUUUUUUGCUGAUUUGAGUCCGCAAAAACACUACAGUGAAUACUAUAGUAUUUACACCAUAGUAUACUAUAGCAUUUUUUUUCAUGUGUUUUGUUUGGGUGCGUAAAAGACAAGAUUAAAUUAAAUGCAACAUGAAAUAAAGUUGUCAAGAUAUCUAUUUA